GCAAAUUAUCGAAUUUUUCUUUUGAAGAAAUCAAAAUAAACUUAGUAACAAGAAAUACAAGUUAAAUUCUGCUAUUUAAACAAAGUUUAGAACCGAUAUACCUAAUUUAUUGGUUAUCGCUGUUAUUGGAACGAUAUAUAUAAAGUUGUUGACCUUACAUGUACCAUUAACAAUGGAGGCAGGUCUAGCGGUUGAGGAGAUAGUGGUGAAACCAGAGGUCAUCCUCAUCUCAGACGACGAUACAGAUAUUGGGGAGCCACAAAAAAAACGCCGCCGGCGUGUAGUAAAGAAAUCCCCUCACCCGUGCGAAGACUGCGACAAGAUCUUCCAAACCGGAUACGAACUCAAAAAGCAUAAACGCACACACACAGGAGAACGACCGUAUAUGUGCACUACAUGUGGCAAAACCUACACACAGCUCGGGCAUCUUAGUAUCCACGCACUCACACAUCAAGGUAUAAAAAACUUCAACUGCCACGAGUGCGGCGCGUCGUUCUACAGGAAAGCGGACCUCGACCGGCACGAGAAAAUACACACCGGGGACAAACCACACGAGUGCGAAAUAUGCUCUAAGAGUUUUGUGCAGAAGAAUAAUCUGGUCAUGCACUUGAAGAUGCAUUCGGGGGAGAAGCCACAUGAAUGCCAGGUGUGUAAAAAGAGGUUCCUGACGCGAAGCAAGCUAGUCCUACAUUCGAAACGACACGAAAAGGACAAGAAAAUCAAAAAGGAAUUCCUGGAGCAGAUGAUGGUGUAAAUAUUUAAGAAAUAUUAAUAUUAAGGUUGGUUAUUGACAUUUUUUACCGGUUAUUGAUCUCUUAUUUCAUUCGGAAAAUAUGAAAUAAAAUCAAAAACAAAGGGGUACUGAAUUAGAUGCGUAAGUUAAUGCAAAAUAUUUUGGCCGUCAAGCUGGCUGCAGAGAUAGAUGACCCCCCUGCACGUAAACCAUAAGGUAUGUAUGUCAUAAGGUAUAAUGAAACAUACUAUAGUAUUUAUUUAGAAAUUUUAUUUCGCUUAAAAUUUACGUUUUUUUUUGUUUAAUUCUCAUUGCACCCACAUUGAAGUUUCUCUGUUUUGCCUUAUGGUUGACUGGUAGAGAAUGCCUAUUGGCAUUAAGUCCGCCUGUAGUACUCUUUUUUUAUGUGCAAUAAAGUUUAAAAUAAUAAAUAAAUAAUAAUAAACCAUAGAGUCCAUACAUCUCAUCUCCAUACAUGUUUUUUUUUACCAAAACUUUAGUUAUUUCGUAGUCGACAUCUAGCGUCGAGUAGCGGAAUUAUCAGUACUGCUACUGGACACUAGAUGUCUCAAGUGUUGUGAUGGGUGAAAAUUGUAUUGCUCAACAAUUUACAACUAAUAUUACAAGCAGAAGGAGUUGAAAAUAGAGUUCCGGUUAAUCCGGACCCGGGUAUGUCCUUAAACUACAUCCAAAAGAGAGGUAUGGGCAUUGUGAAUGUCAUCUCGCCUUGUGUGGUAGGGCACAGCACAGCAGAUGUCAUUCCAGAUCUAGAGCAGAGCCCAACUGGGGAAGUACCUCCACCUUACAGAAAAUCGCAGCCAAAUAACACUUGACCCUACUCAUAGUGUUGUGUUCCUGCCGGUGAGUAAGGUUGCCAGAGCUCAACGAGGGGGGUGGGGUUAGGGUCGGCAACGCGCAUGUAACUUCUCUGGAGUUGCAGGUGUACAUAGGCUACGGAGACUGCUUACCAUCAGGCAGGCCGUAUGCUUGUUUGCCACCGACGUAGUAUAAAAAAAAAAACCGGUUAUAAUAUUAGCUGAAAAUUGUUGAGCAUUAUUUUCGUUCGUCGCGACAUCUAUUGGCAACUAGCAGUACUGAUAGAUUCCCCUACUUGACGCUAGAUGUCGACUGCGAAAUAACUCGCGUUUUGGGAAGAAAAUUUAUGUAUGGAGUUACCAAUCUUUCUUUACUUAUAUUUCUCUAUGAUGUAAACAGUCUACGCAGGGGGGUCAGCUAUCUCUGCAACUGACUUUACAUCAAGCGGUAACAUUUUCUAGCGUAUGGAAGGUAGAGGUAAGGAAUGCAAUCUCCAUAAGCAUAUGUUGCAAGUCUGUCAGCUAUAAAUAAUAGUUCCAAAUCUCUCCAGAGUAGCGCUAGAGUAGCAAAGAACCUAGGCGUUAUUGACGGAGUUAAGUGUGCUGUCUAUGAUUUGUUUUUUUUUUUUUCAAAUAUUCUAGCUAUUGUAGCGCCACCUAUUUAAGGUUUUUUGACGGACACUAUUUGAUACAUGGAAAUUUCAUUCCUUACCUCUACCUUCCUUAUAAGUCAAUGGCGUGCGCCUAUUUUUGGAUUAAGUCGCCGAACGGAUCCCGGGAUCUACAUAAUCAGAGGACCUAAGUGUAGAAUUGUAAUUCAAUUAAUAUGUACUUACAUGAAAAUGGCUGUAUUUUAUUUUUUCAUGAUAUAAGGCGUUUCACAUACUGACACAACGGCGAAUGCAUGCCUUUAAUCUUAAAUCUGUUGCUCCUCUUGCCUCGCUAUAUUGUGUUUUCAGUGUGUGAAUAGCCUUAAUCUUUGGUUGUAUGGUAUGAAUGGAUUGGUAUUUUAUGAAAUUGGUAUAGAAAUAUUAAUAUUAAUUAUGACAUUUAGAAUUUACACGAUUUUGUUUCAUGGAAUUAAGUUUAAUGUUAUUAAAUACAUAGUUUUACUUACA